AGCCUCCGCUUCUCCUCCUUUUAGUGCGAGAAGAUCCAAAUCCAAAACCUGCGCGUUUACAACAAUUUGGCGAAUCUGUGCUCGCGUGUUUGUAAAAUUCGCGGACUCUCCGGAGUUGUUCCCAAGUCACGCACUCGGAGGAUGACGCGCUCCAAAACGCCGAGAGGUCCGCGAGUGCCGUUCUAGCUCGUGCAGUUAGCAGACGCCGUGUCAAGCGGCGCUGGGGACGACGCAAAUGCGUCUGUUGUGGAACCAUGCCAGUCGCUGCUGCAGGACUCUCGACUCUCACUGGAAUCUCCGUGUUUGGCAGCUGAUCGGCCGUCUCUGUACAUAAGUUUUUUGUGUGCUUCGGGUGACGAAAGUGACCAUGACCGUCGAACACUCUCCCUUGGAUAGCCACGCCAAGAAGCAGCAGCAACAGCAACAGCAGGAGGAGGCGGUUCGUCAGGUCAUCAACCAGCUGAAAGAAAUCACCGGUGUUGAGGAUCCGGCCAUACUGAGCCAGGCCCUGGAGGCCAGCCGCACCGUCUCGGGCAACUAUGACCUCACCCACGCCAUCAGCAUGCUGGUCGAAGAAGAUGGCGGACCCUCCGUGUCUCAGGUUGGCGCGAGGCCACAGGUGGCGGGCGACGGGGCCGCGGCGCCUGGCAACCAUCCGGGGGCAGCCACUUCCCCGCAGAAGCGCCCUGCCAAGGUCAUUGACCUCACUGGAGAAGGGGACGACCUCCAGAAGGCGAUUGCCCUCUCCCUUCAGGAGCAGCAGGUGGCCGGCGUUUCUGCGGAGGAGCAGGACAUCAGUCGGGCCUUGGAGCAGAGCCUAGGAGGCAAGCGCAAGCGGGGUGCCGAAGCCUGGCUGGACCCGGCCAACCCGUACGAACGCCGGCGGCUGGGAGACUGGCCCGUGGGCAUCAAGAACGUUGGCAACACCUGCUGGUUCUCGGCAGUAAUCCAGUCCCUGUACCACCUGCCUAUGUUCCGGCGCCUGGUACUGGCCUUCGAGCCACUCCGGGCGUCCGCCCGGGACGGUCGGCCCCUGCAGGAGCAGCGCAGUCUGGGGCUCAUGCUGGAGCUCAGGCCCCUGUUUGCACUGCUGGCCGCCUCGCGGCGCAAGUACGUCGACCCCGGCCGGGCGCUCGAGCUCCUGCGGGACGCCUUCGUAGGCACGGCAGGAGGCGCUGGUGGAUCUCAGGGUCCCAACAAUCAGCAGAUGCAGCAACAGCAGCAACAGCAACAGCCACACCCGCCGCAACAGCAGCAGCAGCAGCAGCAGCCCCAGCAGCACCAGCCGCAGCAGCAGCAGGACGUGUCCGAGUUCACGCACAAGUUGCUCGAGUGGCUGGAGGACGCCUUCCAGUUGGCACACUGUGCUGCCAGCCCAGGCUCCGUACCUCGCAUGCAGCAGACGAACCCAAUGCUGGACCUUUUCUACGGGCGCUUUCGGUGUGAGGGCGAAAAUGAAGGUCGGCACUUCUCGCGAGAGGAAGCAUUUGGCCAGUACCCUCUUCAGGUGAAUGGAUUCAGUGACAUCCACGAUAGCCUAGAGGCAGCCACCACCACCCUGGAACCCGAGAGUGCGUCGACACCAUCAUCUCGGCGACUAGGCCAAGAGACGUGGUUUACGAAGCUUCCGCCCGUGCUGGUCUUUGAGCUCUCUCGCUUUCGUUUUAAUCAGCACGUUGGCAAGCCUGAGAAGAUUCAUCAUCGGCUAGACUUUCCAGAGUUGCUCUAUAUGGACAGGUACAUGGAAUACAACAAGAACAUAACCCGCAGCAAACGUGAAGAGGUUCGCCGGCUUAAAGCCGAGCGGGAGAGGCUUAGGAGACAACUUGACAAGUACAUCCAGUAUGGCUCUGGGCCCAAACGGGUGCCCCUGCAAGAUGUGCUGCAAUACACGCUCGAGUUUGUCGAGAGCAAAGCGGCUCAGCAGAAAAGCGAAGAGGUCGAGAUGGGCUCACCAUCGUCAAGCCUGGCUGUGGGUUCCCCCGGCACCUCGCCGCCCGAUGAGGGCCACUCGAGAGGAGGGAGCCCCCGAACCGUGAACGAGGGGCCCUGCCCACGCCACGUGGCAGAACCCGAACUCCGGCUGCUGCAGAACUGCCUGCGGCGGUGGCAAUCCGAGGUCGAGCACGACGUCAAGGAGCUGCAGGAUAGCAUGAGUCGCAUUGACGCCACCAUUCGGGACAUCUACAUGGAGCCAUCAUUACUACAGAUGCCCUACCGGCUGCAUGCAGUCCUAGUGCACGAGGGUCAGGCCGCGUCGGGCCACUACUGGGCCUUCGUGUACUGCCCGCGCCGUGCAGCCUGGCUCAAGUUCAAUGACGUCGCAGUCGCCGAGGUGACGUGGGCCGAGCUGCUGCGGGAUUCGGUUGGGGGCCAUCACUGCACAUCGGCUUACUGCCUGCUGUACGUGGACCGCAACAAUCGUGAUCUCUUCGAUGGUGCUAAGGUCUCCGAGCUGGAGCUUCCACCGGACCUGGCUCAGUACGUGGAAGCGGACAAUGCCGCCUUCCGCAGAGAGCUCGAGCAGUGGGACCUCGGCAACCGCGAAAAGGUUGCCGUUGAUGCUGCCACAAGUGGGAACGACAUCGUGGUCACCCCGGUGCGGUCGCAGCAGGAUCGGCCAAUAACGACAGAACACAGCACUGGCGGUGCAGUGCUAAGUGCCAGCCCAUCGUGGCCUGCGCUGCAGCAGGAGCAUGCCCAGUUGGCCCAGGGCUGGACCCAGGGCAGGCUGGCACAGUUAAGCCACACCCUGGCCGCUGAGGGGCCUCGGGGAGCAUUAGCCAAGGCACUCGACCAGGAGCUUGCGCGCCUGCAGCGGCUAGCCCGGGUGGCGCAGCAGCGCGCGGCUGUGUCGCCGUGGCCCAGUCGAUCGGGUGGCACCGACGAGGAAGACCCCCGGCUACAGCACAUCGGCCUCUUCCUGCUUCUCAACGGUGCCCCCGUGCAGCCGUACCUGCACCGAGUGCUGCUUGAGCAGUUUGCACAGCCGGAUUUGGAGAAGGACCCCGUUGGGGCACCCUUGCGACAGGAGGCCCUGCGCUGGCUGACGGAGCUGUCUCCGUCGGGUGCCGCCGGGGACGUGGAGAUGGAGGCGGUGUACCGAGGCUGGCACAUGCUGUACUGCCGCUUCCGGCACUUGGCCAGUGCGCUGACCAUUGGACUGGAGCACUACUGGGCACACCGGCUGCCGUCGGCUGUCCACCUGCUGGGCGCCGCCUGCGCCCUCAACGAGGCUCUGCUCGCCAGGCCCCCGCCGGCCGAGUCCCACUCCCGGUACCUGGGCUUCGACCCGAGGCUGCUGGCCUACUGCCGACGCAUGGCGCUGCUGGCGCUGAAUGAAUACUGUGCGCGGCAGUUCGAGGAAGGCAGCUUGCGGGACGCUCUGGGUGCCCUGAGGCUGAUGACCGACACGGUGCUGCCGCACCUGGCACCCCUGAUGAGCCCCGUGGCGGGUGCCCAAGACACACGCGCCGUCGAGGAGGUGCGCAGCCGCUGGUGCGCCAUGCUGGGACUCGCCAUGCCAGACGAGAAGCAGGAGCAGCUGGAGGACAUGUUGAGCAAGCUGCUGGACCCCGGGGCGGACACGCCGGCCGUGUCUCCACUGAGCGUCCCCCGGGUGACGAACCUGUCGGCCGCCUACGAGCAAGUCAUGCGACGGCUCACCUCGUCCAAGCACUUCGAGGCAGCAUUGCGCGAAGAGGGCCUGCCUUCUCUCUCCUAGCCCCCUCCCCCUCCCUCUAUUCUUGGAUGACCUACUCCUUCCACCACAAGUUUUGUGUCAUUUCCCCCCUCUCCACUCCCUUGUACUCGCACAAGUACACAUCCUAUUUCUUUUUAUUUUCCCCCAUUUCUUUAGCACCGUUAACAUCUCUUACGCUUUUUUUUUUCUUUUGCUGUGAGAGUUUUGUAGAAGAGGCAAGAGUCCCUCUUCUGAUUGUUCGCUAGGUGUGUCAACUGGUUUGGUCACUGUUGGGUGCUUGCUGCUGGGCUGGGGCCUGAAACAAGACAUCUGCUUUGCGUUAGUUGACGAGUCGUCACAGUUUCUGCCACUUAUGUAUCCCGAUUUUAAUUUGUCGUGGUCCUAAGAAUUUGAGUAAUAUAAAUUGACAUUUAAGAUCUUUUUUAUUUUCAAAAAUUUAUUUUCGUUUGUUCGUCGAGUUGUCUGAAGUGUACGAUUUCACUUGAGGCAGGUACCGAGAAGUCUGUACAUUUGGAUGUGAAGGUGUUUCUAAAUUAUGUAGAAAUAAAUGUAAAAUUAAUAUACAGUACAACAUAGAAGAGAAUUUAAUUAAAAUAGACUGUGAAGCCUUUUGAGUUUGCGGACACAGUAUACUUCAGUGAUCUACGCGCACAGUGCUUUUCAUAUGUUUAAUAUAUACCGAAAAGAAAUUACAAUUCUACCGUGUUAUUCAGAGAUACAACUUAUCCCCAAAUCACAUGCGUGCUCGCGUGUGCGUUAAACACAUCUAACUUUUAUUCUCACUGCUUGUAAUGUGUCUUCUGGUGAAAGACGCAUAUCCUAAUUCAUUACCCAAAUAGAAGAUAACAACAUGCAAUUUUUGUUUUUCCUUUUUUCUUUCCCGCACUUUGCACCGAUUAACAAGUUUUAUGCGGCCCGAAGCUUGUUUUAUGAUUAUUUGACGUGCAUUCGUGAAAUGCGACCUCAUGUAUGCAUGCACACAUUGCUAGACUAGUAUUGCGUGCCUAACCUAACCUGGUGGUUCAUAGUACAAUUCACUACCAGCGAGCGUCAUCUUUGACCCUGCUCAAUUUGAUGCCCGCAGUGGAAGCCCUCAACAGAAGGAGUCUUGGGAUGUAGCUUUCGUCUUUAUAAUUUACAUCGGCAGCGUGUGGUUAGUGGGCUGGGCCAGAAACAGUGAAGCGGUGACAUGACAGCGCAGUGCAAAAUUUGAAUAAAAACACAGUCAGUGAGGGAAACAGACCCGGUGAUCAACAGCCUGCUCUCUUCUUUCGUUUAGCUAGGAUUCAGGUAGAGUAAGGCAGAGUAUUUAUUCUCUCUUGUCGUCUGCUUUAAGUUAAACGUGCAAGUAUCUGUAUUGAAUGCCUAACAAUUUGUUCCGGUCAAUAAGCAGCCAGCGCUGUCUGUCCCAUUGUUCCUUAGUCAGCCAGCGCAAAACUGGCAGCGGCAAAUUUUUGCUAGGGUGUAGCCAUGUCAGCGUGGGUCGUUGAGCUUUCUGUCGUCGUCUGCUUGCCGACUGCAUCUGCGCUUCUGCCGAGAUGUGCGUGGGCACUAACGGCACAGACAAGCGCCACACUGUGGUGCUCGCACAAAAAAGGAUGUAGGCUUUUGCACUGCACAUGAGCGUUUGUGUGUGUGUGCCAUUAACCUCUGUUUUGCAAACUUUGGAGCUGUUGAGUUUGAAAAUUAAGGAUGCUUUCGUUGCCCCCGCAAUGUUGCUGCACUUUUACAGUGGUGGCGGUGCUGCAGUGAGUAAACUCGUGUGGACAGGGUUUUGUGGUAGUGGCUGGUGAGCGAGUGCGGUGUAGUUGCACCACGCACCGGAGUGGUUGUCGGUGCUGGUUUGUCAAUGGUACCAUAAGAACACCCCCCCUGCCCCCCUUCAGUUUAUUUGACACUUAAAUGGGUGUGCGCAAUAGUUUGACUGGUAGGGUCAUUGCCUUGAAAGCAGCGCUGGAUAAGGGAGGGCCUUGGUGAAGGGGACCGACUGGCAUUGCUGGGCUCUGACGCUGACGGUUCAUGAAAAGGGUAAGGGGACACCUCCAAAGUUUCAGUCUGGUCUUGGUGUGGGGCUUUCGCAAAAUGCUCAUUGGGCAGUUUCAACUUUGCACAGUCGGAAGGCCAGUACUCCAAGGUCCGGGGGUGUCGUGUAGCAGUGACAAACGAGAUGUGGAAAGUAUUUUUAUAAUUUUCUUGGGUGCGCCAGUGUAAAUGAAAGAAAGGCUUAUUUUGAAUGUAUGUGUGUGCACGCACAGAAUGGAGGGUUGCCACCAUGCAACUUUUAUGCGACUACACAGAUACUUACUAACGAGGCGGAUCGUCUGAGAGUGUGGUACAAGUGACGCAGGUGCCGCCGGUGACAGACGUUGAAGGAACCAACAAACUCGGCUGUGCCUGAUGCGUCUGCUAUGAUUUGUUGCCUUUUCAUGUAGCACCUCGCACAUCCCACCAAUUGGGCGGAAGGGCAGGCUUCCCGUGCUCGCCAUUUGCCUUGCCCCACUUGGGCAAAGUCUGCACGCAGCUUAGUGUGUGACAAUCUGCCGUGCCGCAGUCUCGGUCGACAAGGUGCGCAGCUGUGGAACGUGCUUCGAAGUUAUCUCUUGACUUUACCUAAUGGCACCUGGUCUCUGGGCUUCCCAGUCCCCGAACAAACGACACCACACCGCAUUGAGCUCCUUUUUCAUGUCCUAUGCAUUUGUGUUUGUCAUGUCAUAGUCUGGAAGGACUCGUAAACUUCCUUUCCUUUCUAGUGAGAUUUGAGUGUGCUUUCUAUUUAAUGGCUCGUGCUCGAGCACCACACCCCCUUUAUCCCCCCACACCCCUGUGAAUGCUUCUAGUUGUAGGUUGCAAAGAUAUGGCAACAAUAUGAAGAGUGGUGUUUCUAAAUUUUCUUUCAAUUGUUGUGCAUCUCUCUUCUACACGGGCAUUGUUGCAAUUUCAUCUUAGUCUUUUUUUUCUCUCUCUUUAAUUGUGCAAACUGCACCUAGCUUGCAUUUUACUGUUAACUCUCGAGCAGUGUCAUUGCGGUGCCUAUACCAAAACAUUUGCUUCUUAGCGACUUGUAAAUUUCUGUACAAAUGUAAAUAAAAACCGUUGUUUGCGUUGCA